AUGGCUGACCCCUAUCAGAUUGAGCAACAGGAAAAUGAACAUCCGAAAGCAUAUUUGCAGCGUUUCAUUGACCUCGUGCAUCAAAUCCACGACGUCGAUCCAAUUACCGCAGCCAAUCUCUUCGUCAAAAGCUUGCAGGUGGGGUCUCUUUUACAUGAAAAUCUCACCAUGACGCCACCCUACGACAUGGCAGAAGUGCAGACCCGAGCCGAGGGCGUCUUCAAGGUCUUGGAAUUUCGAGAACGUGCGCAGAAGAAGUCUGUGCUCAUCUCUGCUCCACCAACAAAUAACCCUCCGCCACCUGCUAGAGAUGACAAGAGGAAAUGGAACCAAACAGAUCACGCGAAGGAAGGAAAGAGGCCAAGACAGGACCGACAGUCACCACGAUACCCUUCCUUCGAAUACACCGUCCCGCAAGAAAUCAUUUAUGAAGAAAAUAAAGAAAGACCUAUCUGGCGAGAGCCCUAUAAAAUUACCACUCCUUCUGACAAGAGGGAUAAAAGCAGGUACUGCCUCUUCCAUAAAGAUCAUGGUCAUACGAUCGCCGAAUGCCAUAACCUGAAAAAUCAGAUCCAAGCCCUCAUGAAGAGUGGGAGGCUUACCCAAUACAUCAAGGAGGCAGGCAGACCCGGCACCUCGCGGCAUAAUCCUGCUUCUGCCACAGCGCCGCAAGUGUCAGAUCUCGUGCACACAGCCUCUGAUAGCACUCAGGAACCUCUUAAGCAAGUCCCUAUGAUCCACGGGAUCGUGGAGCUCACUGAGAACCAAGAACAUAUCACCAAAAUCCAUAAGAGGGUGGAAGAACGAGUGAAGCGAUACAAAUGA